CCUGGCCGGGCAGCGCAGCGGCGGCGGCGGCUCGGCGGGGCUCGGCACGGCUCGGCGGGGCUCGGCGGGGCUCUGCGCCGGGCCCGCAGCGGCCCAGGGCCAGCAGGAUCCAGGCAGCGGCGGGGGACGGCUCCCGGACCCCUCCUCGGCGCAGCGGGCUCCGCUCAGGUGCUGAGAGGCGGCGGCCCCCGGCCCCACGAUGCCGUCCAGCGGGAGCCUGGACGCCGGCAGCCCCGCGCCCAGCCGCGAGGCGCUCGACACGCACAAGGGGGAAGAGGAGCCCGAGGAGAACCCCAGCAAGGAGGAGAAGCAGGAGCCAGGCACGCCCAUGAGGAAAGCCGGGCGGCCCGGGCGGAAGCGCAAGCAUGCCCAGCAGGCGGAAAGCAGUGACACCCCCAAGGACACGGCGGCCGUCCCCAAGUGCCCCCCGCCCUGCCCCGAGGCCAGCCCCGCCGAGCCGCUGCCCAACGGGGACGUGGAGGGCGACGCCGAGGAGGCCGGGGCCAGCCCCAAGGGCGGCCGGCCCGAGGAGGACGAGACGGAGAGCCUGGCGGACGGGGAGACGGGCCGGGCGCUGGAGAACGGCCGCUGCACGCCCAAGGAGGGGCUGGACGCCCCGGCCGAGGAGGGGGAGCUGGCCCCUUCCGACCCCCAGAAGAAACGCGGCAGGAGGAAACUCCUGGAGGCCACAGAGAAAGGCAAGGACGAGAAGGAGGAAAACAACUUCGACACCCUGAAAAUGGAGGGCUCGCGCGGGCGGCUCCGCGGCGGGCUGGGCUGGGAGUCGAGCCUGCGGCAGCGGCCGAUGCAGCGGCACACCUUCCAGGCCGGGGACCCCUACUACAUCAGCAAGAGGAAGCGCGACGAGUGGCUGGCACGCUGGAAGAGGGAGGCCGAGAAGAAGGCCAAGGUGAUCGCCGUGAUGAACGUGGUGGAGGAGCCGGCGCGGGCCGAGGCGCAGAAGGAGGAGGAGGCCAGCCCGCCGCCCGGGCCGCAGCAGCCCACCGACCCCGCCUCGCCCAGCGUGGCCACCACGCCCGAGCCCGCCGUGGCCGAGGCCGGCGACAAGAACGCCUCCAAGUCGGCCGACGACGAGCCCGAGUACGAGGACGGGCGCGGCUUCGGCAUCGGCGAGCUGGUGUGGGGCAAGCUGCGCGGCUUCUCCUGGUGGCCCGGCCGCAUCGUGUCCUGGUGGAUGACCGGCCGCUCCCGCGCCGCCGAGGGCACCCGCUGGGUCAUGUGGUUCGGCGACGGCAAGUUCUCGGUGGUGUGCGUGGAGAAGCUGCUGCCCCUGAGCUCCUUUGCCAGCGCCUUCCACCAGGCCACCUACAACAAGCAGCCCAUGUAUCGCAAGGCCAUCUACGAGGUGCUGCAGGUGGCCAGCAGCCGGGCCGGGAAGAUCUUCCCCGCGUGCCCCGAGAACGACGAGACCGACACGUCCAAGGUGGUGGAGAUCCAGAACAAGCAGAUGAUCGAGUGGGCCCUGGGCGGCUUCCAGCCCUCGGGCCCCAAGGGGCUGGAGCCCCCCGAAGAGGAGAGGAACCCCUACAAAGAAGUUUACACGGAGAUGUGGGUGGAGCCCGAAGCAGCCGCCUACGCACCGCCCCCGCCCGCCAAAAAACCCCGCAAAAGCACAACCCAGGAGAAGCCCAAGGUCAAGGAGAUCAUCGACGAGCGCACCCGAGAGCGGCUGGUGUACGAGGUGCGGCAGAAGUGCAGGAACAUCGAGGACAUCUGCAUCUCCUGCGGGAGCCUCAACGUGACCCUGGAGCACCCUCUGUUCAUCGGGGGGAUGUGCCAAAACUGCAAGAACUGCUUCCUGGAGUGCGCGUACCAGUACGACGACGACGGCUACCAGUCCUACUGCACCAUCUGCUGUGGUGGCCGUGAGGUCCUCAUGUGUGGCAACAACAACUGCUGCAGGUGCUUCUGCGUGGAGUGCGUGGACCUGCUGGUGGGCCCGGGGGCGGCGCAGGCGGCCAUCAAGGAGGACCCCUGGAACUGCUACAUGUGCGGCCACAAGGGCGUCUACGGGCUGCUGCGGCGGCGCGAGGACUGGCCCUCGCGCCUCCAGAUGUUCUUCGCCAACAACCACGACCAGGAGUUUGACCCCCCCAAGGUGUACCCGCCGGUGCCCGCUGAGAAGAGGAAGCCCAUCCGGGUGCUCUCGCUCUUCGAUGGCAUCGCCACAGGCCUGCUGGUGCUGAAGGACCUGGGCAUCCAGGUGGACAGGUACAUCGCCUCCGAGGUGUGCGAGGACUCCAUCACCGUGGGCAUGGUGAGGCACCAGGGCAAGAUCAUGUACGUCGGGGACGUCCGCAAUGUCACCCAGAAACACAUACAGGAGUGGGGCCCCUUUGAUCUGGUCAUUGGGGGGAGCCCCUGCAACGACCUGUCCAUCGUCAACCCGGCCAGGAAGGGCCUCUACGAGGGCACCGGGCGCCUCUUCUUCGAGUUCUACCGCCUGCUGCACGAAGCCCGGCCCAAGGAGGGCGACGACCGGCCCUUCUUCUGGCUCUUUGAGAACGUGGUGGCCAUGGGCGUCAGCGACAAGAGGGACAUCUCGCGCUUCCUGGAGUCCAAUCCCGUCAUGAUCGAUGCCAAAGAAGUGUCUGCAGCACACCGGGCACGCUACUUCUGGGGGAACCUGCCUGGCAUGAACAGGCCACUCGCAUCCACCGUCAAUGAUAAGCUGGAGCUGCAGGAGUGCCUGGAGCACGGCAGGAUAGCAAAGUUCAGCAAAGUGCGAACCAUCACCACUCGCUCCAACUCCAUCAAGCAGGGCAAGGACCAGCACUUCCCCGUGUUCAUGAACGAGAAGGAGGACAUCCUGUGGUGCACCGAGAUGGAGAGGGUGUUUGGCUUCCCCGUGCACUACACAGACGUGUCCAACAUGAGCCGCCUGGCCCGGCAGAGACUGCUCGGCAGGUCCUGGAGCGUGCCGGUGAUCCGCCACCUCUUCGCGCCCCUGAAGGAAUACUUUGCCUGCGUUUAGAGAUGGGCAGGAACUGGCCACACACGGAGCGAGUCGGUAACAAACCCAUCCACGCCAAGAGAAGUGAACACACGGAAUGAGAGAAGAGUCAGCACCCAGAAGAGAGACGGGAUUUCGCAGCCCGACGGGAACCCAGCACACGUCUCCCCGAGCGAAAGGGGUCGGUGUCCUCUCCGGAAUUUCCCAGGAUCAGCUUUAGCUAUUUAAAAACAAACAAAAAUCACAAGAAACAAACAAACGACGAUGAAACGGAAGAAAAAAAAAAAAAAAAGAAGAAAAAGAAAAGAAACCAAAACCUUUUUUUUUUUUUUUUUUUGGGUAACCUUUUAAUUUUCCGCUCUUUUCUGGCUGGGUUUUCCUGUCGGUUUGGUUUCCACUUCUCGGAGCAGCGGGCGAGACGAGACGCCGUCGCCAGCGCCGCUCUCGGAGAGGGGGAAACGGCAGCGGGAAAGCCCAGCGGGGAGGGAGGCGGAGGCAAAGGAGACCCUGCUCUGCUCCGAGACCGCUCCGAGACCGCUCCGCUCCGUCCGCGCCAGCGCCCGGCCGGCCCGGCCCCGGCCCCGGCGGCUGAGCCUCGCUCUGUUCCACCAGCACCGCUCUCCGGUGACAUGGAGCCAACCCGGCAGGGAGGCCGGGAACACACACACCACACACACACCUUUUCUACAGUAUUUUGGGUGCCUACCACACAGGAAACCUUGAAGAGAGCAGAUCCUAGAAGCCGCUGUUACCUCUUGUUUACAGUUUAUAUAUAUAUGAUAGAUAUGAGAUAUAGAUAUAUAUAUAUAUAAAAGGUACUGUUACUACUGUACAACCUGACUUCAUAAUGGUGCUUUACACAGCGGGGUGAGUCGAGACAUCAGCUUCCACGUUGCCUUACGUGCCGGGCCUUUCCGAGCGAGCGGCAGGGCCGGGGCGGCCGGGCGGAAGCGUCUCCAUCCCGAGUCAUGCAAUAACCUUUUUCUGUCCCGAACGGAAGCGCCUCGGCGGUGCCCCCCUGCCCCGCCGGCGCCACCCCACAGCGUACUGGUGCUCUUCUGCGUACGUGGUGUCCGGCAGGGCCCGUGCCGGGCGUGCCCCGGUGCCCCGGCGGCAGCGGGGGGUACUGCCCCCCGGCCGUGCCCCUCGCCCGCCGGGGCGGCGCGGGGCACGGUGCCGCGGACGGGCUCUGGCCGAGGGCGGCGGCGGGGACGCCGGCAGGGCAGGGGGGACGGAGCGGUGCCCGUGCCGGAGCGCGGCCGGGGCGCUUCGGGCAUGGCGCGGGGAUGGCCGCGGCUCCCGGACCCUGGCGCUGCGUCCGCGGGGCCGGGCUGGCGGCAGGAGGGCGAUGCCCCGGCGAGCCGGGACGGGACCCCGGCGGCGUCGCCGCGGCCGCCGGGCCAUCGCUCCCCUGCCCACGCGCGGUUCGGAGCGAGCGCGUCCCCUCGGUGCCCAGCGCGGGGGGACGGGGCACCGCGGCGGCGGCGGUGUCGGUGCUGGCGGCCCGGCCACGGGGGCCGGGAGCCGCGGUGUGAGCAGAGCGCGGGCAGGUGCUGGCAGUGCGGUGGAUGGUGCUAUGCUCCGUGGCCCGGGGCGGCCCCGGCGGGGCAGGGACUGGUGCUAGGGCGCGGUGAGGCUCCCGGGGGCCCGGGCCCGUCGCCGUCUCUUCUCUAACUGUGAAAGGUGCGGGCCCGGGGCCGCGCUCGCUGCGGGGUGCUGGCUAAUGGCAGCGAGCCGCGGCCCGCGCGCCCCGAGGUGCUGGGACCGACGGCGGCGGGGGCGGCCGCGGGGCCCCCACCUCCCCUCCCUCCUGGUGCUACUGGGGGCUCGGGGGCCCCUCUGGGUGCGGGGGGCACGGGGAGCUGAGCCGGCACAGGCGGCCGCGGUGGGGGCACCGCGGGGCCUGGCUUUGCCGGGGAGCGAGGGUGGCGAGGCAGGGGGGCACCGGCCCCGGGCUCUGGGCUCCUGCUGGCACCCGGAGCCGGAUGGCACAGGAUGGCACAGGAUGGCACAGGACCGCUGCACCGGGCGCGGGUCCUGCCUGCCUGCUGCUGUGGGAGUCCUCAUGGCCCCACGAGCCCGUCUGUGGGGCUGGCAUGGCCCCGGGCGUCCUGUGUGGGGCACGGUGGGCACUGCGGGUCCUGCAUGGCCCUGCAGCACUGCUGCAGGUCCUGCAUGGCUCCAUGCCCCUGGCUGUGGGUCCUGCAUGGCUCCAUGCCCCUGGCUGUGGGUCCUGCGUGGCUCCAUGCCCCUGGCUGUGGGUCCUGCACAGUCCCACAGACCUGGGUGCGAGUGCUGCAUGGCCCUGCAGUGCUGAGUGCCGGCCCUGCGUGGCCUCACCGUGGCAAAUGCAGGGCCUGCAUGGCCCUGUGGCACUGGGUGCUGAUCCUGCAUGGCCUUGAGGUGCUGGGUGCUGGUCCUGCACGGCCCUGCAACGUUGUUGGCAGGUCCUGCACGGCUCUGUGGCACUGGGUGCUGACCCUGCACGGUCCUGCAGCUCUGGGUGCUGGUCCUGCACGACCCUGUGGCUCUGGGUGCUGACCCUGCGUGGCCCUGCAGCUCCGGUGCCGGCGCUGCCCCGUCCUGCGGCGCUGCCCGCGGGUUCUGCACGGCCACGCGCUGGGUUCGGGGGUCCCGGCGGACCCCCGGCUCAGCCCAGCCCUGCAGCUCUUCCUGGGACCCCCCUGGCCCUGCUGCACCUUUGGGGGCUGGGUCCCAGCAGUGCUGCGGCGUUGGCACGGCCCGGCCGGUGCCGGCUCCGGUGCCGGUGCCGGUGGGAAGCAGGUUCCUGCUGGGAGCAGGUGCCGGCGGCGGUGGGGAUGCCUGGGGCAAGAGUUCAGUUUUUAACGUACCCGACUCACGUCUUUUUUUAAAAAAACAACCAGACAAAUUCUGUUGCACAGCCCUAGAUGAAAACUCAAAACAAGGCCUGAAUUCCUUAAGAUCCGCCGAGGGAGUGGGGACAAACACGGUGCUAAAACAUUUUAUUAAAAAUAUAUAUUGUUAAAUUAA